CCUCCCCGCCCCGCCCGCGGCAGAGCCACGUCUCGGCCUGAGGAGCCGCAGGAGCCGCCACUACCAGGGGCUGCCUCUAUCACUUCCUGGGUUCCUAGCUUCUGACUGACACCAGCCAGCAAAUGGAAACCUUAGCACCGUGUUUCUGAAUGAAUUUUGACUGUUGCUGAUGGAGGGGGAGAAGCAGAACUUGCUAGCAGCUCAUCCGUAAGCUCCUGUCAGCACCACCAUCAUCUGGGGUCACAGCUACCAUGGACUCUUUCCCUGCUGAGCAAGGCGGCCUGCUUGAGAGCAGAUCUAGCAAUGGCCUCCCGGACCACUCUGGGACCCUUCUGAAUCACACAGGCAAACUGAAUCGGGCCGAUAGUGGGGAAGUUCACUGUGCCAGUAUUAAUGUUAACCAAGUGUCAAAUGAAGGAGGAAACAUGGAGGAAGCCAGCAAAGGGGACGUCUGUCAGAAUGGACCCACAACCCAUUUCCCUGAUCCUCCAUUGUCCCUUGAUCCCACCACCAGACCAUUUGGUCCUGAUCCAUCUCCAGGUGUGGCUGGUUUCCAUGACAACCUAAGGAAGUCUCAGGGAUCUAGUGCUGAGGGCGUAGUUCUUAGAAAAGAAGCUUUGCAGUCUCUCAAACUCAGUCUUCCUAUGCAAGAAACUCAUUUGUGUUCAACCGAAUCUUCACUUCCCUUGGAAAAAGAGGAACAGAUCCGACUUCAAGCUCGAAGACGACUGGAAGAGCAGCUCAAACAGUAUCGAGUGAAAAGACAUCAGGAGAGAUCUAAUCAGCCUGCAUCCAAAAACCGACCCACCAGCACCCUGGACCCUGAGCUCAUGCUGAACCCAGAAAUCUUACCGAGAGCCAGCCCAGUAGCAAUGACAAAAGAAUAUUCCUUCCUCCGAACCAGCGUCCCUCGGGGACCCAAAGUAGGCAGUUUAGGACUUCCAGCACAUCCAAAGGAGAAAAAAAGUUCCAAAUCAAGCAAAAUCCGGUCUCUGGCAGAUUAUAGAACUGAAGAUUCAGACUCUGGAAUUUCUAGUGGAAACUUUCUGGCUCCCGACUCUGCCAGGGGCUCCCUGCAUCAGAACAGAAGCAGUUUGACAUCAGUGGUAUCUGAGAUCAGCCUGCCUCCUGAAACGGAUGACCGACUGGAGAAUUCUUCGGUGGCAGGAGACAGCAUCUCUGAACUGGACGGAAGUGAAGGGGGCAUGAAGCUGGAUGGCAAUGACAGCGAUAGCUCGUCUUACAGCAGCAUCUCUGGCAGAGGAGCGUACGGAGUGCUGGGCACAGCAGGCAAGCAGGCAGCUUCCUACCUGGUCAAUGGCCAGGAGAUCAGUUCCGAUGCAGUGGGGCAGUUUCCUUCCAUUAGAGAUGUCCUCCAGGCCGCUGCAGCCGAGCACCGCACCCCAGAGUCGGAUGUCAGUGGGGAUGUGCAGAGUCGGAGAGACAGCAUUUCCAGCAGCAUAUCCAUGGAGAGCUCUAUUGCUGGGACUCAUGAUGAAAUGCUGCAGGUUCUUAAAGAGAAAAUGAGGCUGGAAGGGCAACUGGAGGCCUUGUCUUUAGAGGCUAGUCAGGCCCUUAAAGAGAAGACUGAGCUGCAGGCCCAGCUCGCGGCCUUGGACACCAAGCUUCAGGCCCAGGUGGAGCAGAGCCGAAGCAGCCAGCAGAAACAGGAUUCGCUGAGCUCCGAGGUGGACACCUUGAAGCAGUCCUGCUGGGAUCUGGAGCGGGCAAUGACUGACCUGCAAAACACCCUUGAGGCGAAAAACGCCAGCCUGGCUUCCUCCAACAAUGACCUGCAGGUGGCCGAGGAGCAGUACCAGAGACUCAUGGGAAAAGUGGAGGACAUGCAGAAAAGCAUCCUCAGCAAAGACAACACAGUGCACGACCUUCGGCAGCAGAUGACAGCCUUACAGAACCAACUGCAGCACGUUCAGCUGGAGCGCAGCACGCUGACGAGCAGGCUCCAGGCCUCCCAGACCGAGAUCACGUCGCUGCAGAAGGUCCGGCAGUGGUACCAGCAGCAGCUGGCACUGGCCCAGGAGGCCCGGGUUAGGCUGCAGAGCGAGAUGGCCCACAUCCAGGUUGGGCAGAUGACCCAGGCAGGCAUUCUAGAGCACCUUAAACUGGAGAAUGUGUCAUUGUCCCAUCAACUGACAGAGACUCAGCAGAGGUCCAUCAAGGAGAAGGAACGGAUUGCUGUCCAGUUACAAAACAUAGAAGCGGACAUGCUGGACCAGGAAGCAGCAUUUAUUCAGAUCCAAGAAGCCAAGUCCCUGGUGGAAGAAGACCUGCAGAGGAAGCUGGAGGAGUUUGAGGAUGAGAAGGAACACUUACAAAAAAUGGCUGAUUCUGCCGCGUCCUUGGACCAGCAGCUCCAGCAGGUAAAGCUGACUCUGCAUCAGCGAGACCUGCAGCUGGAUGCCCUGCAGCAGGAGCACCUGGACCUCAUGAAGCAGCUCACCCUGAGCCAGGAGACGCUGCAUACCCGCGAGCAGGCCCUCGGCGAGCUGCAGACCCGCCACGAGGAGCUGCAGGCCCGGCUGGAGGAGCUCCAGGGAGACGUGGCCGCCAAAGAUGACACCGUCCAGUUUCUGCAGAACGAGAAGAUCGUCCUGGAGGUGGCGCUACAAGCGGCCCGCGCGGGGAAGGAGGAGUUUGACCGUGGCGCCCAGCAGCUGGAGGAGGACGCAGACGCCGCCUCAGAGCUCUUGGAGCAGCUGAGACAGGAGAUAGCCGUCAAGUGCAGCCAGGUGGAAAACCUGCAGCAAGAAAGCAUCACUCUGAAAAAACAGACUCAGAAAGUGAAGGAGCAGUUUCUUCAACAAAAGGUGAUGGUGGAAGCAUACCGGAGAGAUACGAGUUCCAAGGACCAGCUGAUUAGUGAAUUGAAAGCCACAAAGAAAAGACUGGACUUAGAGAUGAGAAAUCUGAGGCAGGAAUUAAUCAAGCUUCAGGGUGAAAAGAAGUCAGUGGAAGUGGAGCAUUCCAAGUUACAGAAGGAAGUGUCCCAAGUUCAACAGCAAAUGACUGACCUCGAAGGACAGCUCCAGCUGGCGCAGAGAGAACGAGAUGAAAUGGAGACACAGUUACAGUCUUUGCAGUUCGAUAGAGAGCAAGUGGCAUCUCUUACAGAGGUGAAUGAGGUGUUGAAACAGCAAGUAGAGCAAAUGCAGCUAGAAGCAAGAAAGGCCAUUACAGAACAAAAGCAGAAGAUGAAGCGAUUGGGUUCAGAUUUGACCAGUGCCCAGAAAGAGAUGAAGGCCAAGCACAAAGCCUAUGAGAACGCAGUGGGCAUCCUGAGCCGCCGCCUCCAGGAAGCCCUCACUGCCAAAGAAUCUUCAGAGGCAGAAUUAACCAAACUCAGAGCCCAGGUCACAGAUGGAGGAAACAGCCAAGCUCUCAGUGACCGAAUCCAAGUCCUGGAGCUGGAGCUGCAGACUGUGGGUCACAGUAAGAUGGUGCUCGAGAAGGAGCUCCAGGAAAUCAUCUCGCUGACCAGCCAAGAGUUGGAAGAGUACAGGGAGAAAGUCCUCGAGCUGGAGGAUGAGCUCCAGGAAUCCAGAGGCUUUAGGAGGAAGAUAAAGCGUCUCGAAGAGUUAAAUAAGAAGUUGGCUCUUGAAUUAGAACACGAGCGGGGCAAGCUGACGGGUCUGGGACAGUCCAACGCAGCCCUACGGGAGCACAACGGUAUCCUAGAGACGGCAUUAGCCAAGAGGGAGGCAGAUUUAGUGCAGCUGAACCUGCAGGUCCAGGCAGUUCUACAGCGCAAAGAGGAGGAGGAUCAGCAGAUGAAACAGCUUAUUCACACCUUGCAGACGGCGCUGGAGAAGGAGAAGGCCAAAGUGCGAAGCCUCAAGGAGCAGGUGGCCGCGGCCAAGGCCGACGCCGGACACAACCGCCGUCAUUUCCGAGCUGCAGCCUUGGAGCUGAGCGAGGUGAAGAAGGAGCUGCAGGCCAAGGAGCAGAUCGUCCAAAAGCUCCAAGCGGAAGCAGACGGCCUGCAAGCACAGGAGGGAAAACACUGCCAAGAGGUGACCCAGUUCCAGCAGGAGUUGGCAGAAGCUCGGGCUCAGCUGCAGCUGCUGCAGAAGCAGCUGGACGAACAACUGGACAAACAGCCUGUCGAAAACCAAGAGGUUGAAGAUCUCAAAUGGGAGAUAAGUCAGAAAGAGAGAGAAAUCCAAACCCUGAAGCAGCAGCUGGAUCUGAGUGAGCAGCACAGUCAGAAGGAAUUGGAAGCCAUCCAGCUGGCGUUGCAGAAUAUUAAAACUGAGCUCGACAUGGCACGGGAAGAUCUUUCGAUGACCCAGAAAGAUAAAUUCACCCUUCAGGCUAAGGUGACAGAGCUGAAGAACAGCAUGAAGACGCUGCUGCAGCAAAACCAGCAGCUGAAACAGGACCUGAAGCAUGGCAAGAUGAGGAAGAAGAAAGAACUGAAGGGAGAGACCAGUUCCAACCCUGUGACUCCCGUUAAAAUUCCCGACUGCCCUGUCCCUGCCUCCCUUCUGGAGGAGCUGCUCAAGCCCCCGCCAACUGUGAGCAAGGAGCCACUCAAGAAUCUGAACAGCUGUCUCCAGCAAUUGAAGCAAGAGAUGGAUAGUCUUCAGCGCCAAAUGGAAGAGCACACGAUCACAGUACAUGAGUCGAUGUCUUCGUGGACUCAGAUGGAGGGCCACUUAAUGGACCUCUCGGUUCCCUGCCCUCCUGCCGCCUCUAGGGAACUCGAAAAUUCCAGCGUUGACCGAAAGGAACAGAACCACCCUGCCCACACCCAGCAAGUAUUGGAACAAUGACCCCAAGCUGCCCCCGGUUCUCUUCUCUAAGUGUGUGAAGGAUCAUUGUUUUAUCACCCUUAUUUAUUUGACUGUGUACUUGAUGUUUUUCUAUGAGUUGUUGUUUUGAGUUCUCCUUUUGUCGAUAAGGGUACAAGAGAGUGAUGGCAAAGGACCAGAGAAGUAACCUAUCCGUGGGCCAUGCUUAAUUCCCGAUUCCUUUGACAUGAUCCUACUGCCUACCAAAGUCACUCAGUCUCAGAUGGGGUCUUGUCUCUGAUAUUCUGUACGGGAGUCUGGGUCAGUUCUGAGGAAUGGUAUGUCAGCACAAAAUUCUGAGAGAUCCUCUUGGUAACCUUGUUGAGAAGGGGAUUUCAGAAUUGUUGCCGUCAGUGGAGACAUCUGGCCUGGGGAGUUCUUGCUCCAUGUCUCACUUUCCUUCUCAGCUCGGUGGGAAACUUUAUUUUCCUGCAGAGAAGAAAACACUUAUUUUGCACCUUUUACUUUAUUUUUCAAAUACAUACAUCCUCUAGUUGGAUGUCUAUAAAUAGUUAAAAAAAAUCAUAUAAUUGUUACAAAAAACCCUUCUAUAAUUUAAAAAUUACUCGGAUUGUCUUCUUUGUUCUUCUGUCUUGUUGCCAUGUUUAAGUCUGCUGUUAGAAAAUCUUGUAUAUAGAGUAUUUAGGGAAGCUGACCAGACAGGUAAGGCUUUUAGAAAAAUAUUUUAUUUACUAUACCUUUCAAACACAAAAAUGCCUAUAUGAAAGGGUUUGGGGUUUUGUUUUUUUUUUCAUCACCUUUCUUUCGUGGCUGUUUGCAAAGUGCACAGAGCUUCACUUUCAGUGGGAGCAGUCUCCCUUGCCCUAGCCAAAGCAUCGCAGUUCGUAAGUGGGGGACCUGUGACCUUCGGGUCCAGAAGGACCUGGGGUCCCGCCUAAGCGGAGGAAAAGGAGGUUAAUUGGGAGGAUGAGGGAGUGUGUAGGAGGGAGGGAGGAAAAGGAAAGGGAGAGAUGAAUUGGCGACGACGGGUAGGGUAGGGCACUAUUGUCCCAACUUUGGCUGUGACAGCCUGAGGUUUAGACUUGAAACUGACAUAACAGGAGAGUUGCCUCAGCCAACUGAGCCAGUGUAGCCAUUGAGAAAAAAACACUCCCUGCAGACUGGACUUCAUGAGCAUGUUGGCUAGUUUUACAAAAAAAGGUUCCCAUUUAGUCUCUUUCCUGCUCAGGAAUCAUUGUUUCUGAUGCAGAUGAGUGGAAAAAAUUAAGACACCAAUAUCAGUGCAGACUUCUGAUUGUCUUUUCUUUCCUGGGUGCUCGUGAAACCCAGAAUACUUUGAUUUACAAAUUGGGCACCCUGGAUAGGCACACUUCAACUCCUCACAUCGUUCCACCCAAACUAAACACCAUCAAAAUGAUGGAUCAGGAGGCUAGCAGUUUGUGAACUUUGGAUUUUGUUUUCUUUAAUUUGCAAAGAAAAAUCUAGGAAAAAAAAUUGCAGUAAGUAGUGGGAGAUUUUUGUGUUUGUAAGCUUUAGGGGAGGGAGGGAAUAAUCUAUGAAUGGGGCUCUCAGAUGCCCAUUAUUCAGAAUAGCUGGCCUGAAAAUGAUGUUAUGAAGUGUUAUUGAUCAGUCCAGAUAUGCUCAUGUUUACUCUAUAUAUGACGGAAACUUAAUUACUCUCAUGGAAAACAGUAUGGUAUUCUUAAGCCAUUUCUUGUGUUCUUAAAGCUGCCUCUUAAACUGUUGCAAGAGGAAAUAAAAAUACCCUAUUGUUAGUUGAUAAGGUUAAAAUAACAUUAAUGUUAAAUACACUUAGUGAUACUGAAAAAAAAUACUCCCAUCAAGUGUUGCCAUUUCUAAAGAAUUGUCAUUUGUGCGAGGGUGAUUCUUGCUGCCAUACUGGAAAAUCAUCCUUCCCCACAGAUGCAGGCAGAAGACCCCCCCUCCCCCACUAGUCUUGUGUGAUGCUAGGACGUGUCUCAUCUUUUCCCGCUUGUCUCACCCCCAGGCCGCGUAUGGGGUGCUCCCUAUCAAGGCACAUUCAGGGUUCACUUUUCCAUAAAGGAAGAGAAGCUUGGUUAGUCGUCAGGUGAAGUCAAACUUCUUUUGUUUUACUUCAUCUUUUUCUUUCUGCUCUUGGUUAUUUCUCACAUAUAUUCCUUCUGUCACUCCCGCUCCCACCCUGAGAAACACAGUAAUUUUCUUGACUCUCUUUGCAAUGUGCUCGUCCCAAAGCCCCUGCCGGUCCCCUCCCUUCUGGCUCAGAGAGAAUUCACAGGGUCGAGUGUUUUAGCUCUGAAUGUGAUUCUCUAAGGCUCGGAUCCUGCUGUGGGUUGGGUAGAGGAGUAAGGGAUGCUCAAGACUGCUUGGCUUCCCUUUCUUUCCUAUCCUCCCAGCUGCUGGACAUCAGUCCCUUAUUUUCCCCUUUCCCUUUCUUCCCCUAGUACCUAGGACACCCUAGGCUAGGGAAAUUAAUCUGAAGCCUCUCAGUGUCUGCUUAGACACUGCCAUUAGGCUUCCCCAAGAAGUCACUUUAAAGAGGAAAACUGGUGCCUCCAUAACCUACAAGAUGAUCUCCAGGUUGCCUAUUUUGAAUUCGCUGAGGGUUUCCUUGCCUGCAGGGGACUCUGCUUCCUGUAGUUGUCUCACUGUCCUACCUCCCCCAGCCAGGGUCUAGUGAAGAAAAGCCUAGGUAAUCUGCUGUUUCUCCAAAACCAUAGUUUUGAAAUUGACUCGUGAGUCAACACGUGCAAAGAAAGCAGAGAUAAUUCCUUUAUACAGCAAAGACUUGACUUGCUACGUACUUGUAGAUGUCUAUAAUGAACGUGAUGUUCAAUACUGAAGGGAAAGUUCAUACUCUGUGGAAUUGUUACUUAGUCUUCCAGUUUGUUCCAAAAUGUUUUGUGCAACCUGGUUGUCAUUCCUUCUUUGGUACACAACAUCUCCAAGAGAUAUUAUGGAUCUUAUAGAUUCAUAAAACCGUUCUUCCCUCUGGAGGGUGUGACAGCUGAUUUUUAUCUUGCCAUAGGAUGCGAAAGUGGCUAUUGCUAUGGUUGAUACAGAUUUAGGUCCAAAUUGUAAAGAGAUCCCCAAGAGAGAUGCCCCAAGGUGUGUACUGAUAGAUACAGCUGGGCAGUACUUUGUGAGACUUUCCAUGUUGCUCAACUGACAGUAUCCAUUUUCUGUACAGGGGAAGUUUCCCUGUAAAAGCAAUAGCAAAUCAGAUUAUAGACCUAUAGAUCUGGCAUGGGUAUGUACGGACACUUUCAUGAGUGCUAAAAAAUGUCUUGAAUAGAUAUCAUGGGAUGAAACCAUCCAAUUAUUAAAAAGAGAUGCCCAGAAGCCUCACUUUAGCCAGAUCCUGUGUGGCAUAGGAUUGGGUGUAGACCCAAGGGGUCUCAUGCCUUCCUUAUCCAAGGCAGGUUUGUGAGUGGAGGUAUCAGAAGCACUGUUAGACCAUGGUCUCACCUCAACUGUGCUCCCACAGUAUGGGCCCAAAGAUAGCAAUACAGGGAGGCUUUAGUACUCUGAAUGGUUUUCAGUUAUCAAAUCAAAUAUUCAUUAGCUAAUCAAAAUAAGCUUCACAUACAUGCAAAAAAUUAUUCAUGCAUACAAAUUUAUUCAAAUUUGUUCAUCAGGUUGGGGCUCUUUUUUGGUGGAAUAAUUUGAGGAAAACGUGACACCAUGUACAAAGAAUGAUUAUCUUACACAGCAUGUUAAUUAAAAAAGGUUUAAGUGUGCAUAGGAAUUCCUAAGUUUUGUGCAAUAAACUAUUUUUUGUAAAGGGUUUCAUAUUUAUUUUUGGGGGAUUCAUUAUAUUUGAGUACAGUUUGUCUCUUACUGAGGUGUAUGUCCCCCCCUCAUAAAAAAUGUUAAAUACUUCAUGAAAAUUCAUUGAUUUCAAUAACAGUUUUGCUGUCAUUCUAUCAGUUUUCAAAAUGCUAAGUCUGAUUUUUUUCUGUUCCACUUAAAUGACUGAAGCAAAACAAUCUUGUUCUUAUUUCUUUCGUCUGUAGCCCCUUUGACCAGUUUUGAUAGUUCACACUUGCACCUAUAUAUAAAAACGAACAGAAACAGGUUUGUAAGAAUUUACAGGUAUCCACUGAAUUGGUUACCAGAAAUAUCACUGAACACAUCCAAGAUGGCAGCACUAGAAGCAGUAGGUUGAAGUUGCCUCAGGUUCCCCAUCUGUAAAAUGAUGAGUUAGGCUUUAUCGUCCCUGAGGUCCCUCCUAGGAGAUGCCUCCUAUAGGAUCACAGGACAUCCAGCCUAGAUCCAGUGAUCUGCCUGCAUGUCCUAUGGACAAGAAGUCAAAGAGAUCUACAACUCAUCUUUCCCCUAAAACCCACCUCCCUUUUCAACUCCCCUGUUUUCAUUAAAGGGACUUUAAUGCUUCCAUUUACCUAGACCCACAAAUUUGAAAUUGUCCUCUAUUCUCUUUCACCAUCCAUAUCCAAUCAGUGGCUAAAUCUCAUCGGUUCUGCAUUCCAGACACCCCUCGUAGCCAUCCCCUUCUCUGCACUCACAACCACUACCUUUUCCGUUAGACUGUGGCAAUGAUUUCCUAAUUGGUCUAUUGCCUUUGUGUCUCCUCUUGCCCUAUCCAUCCUUUUCACAACUGCCAAAUAUUCCUCAAGCAGGGUUCUGAUCAAAGAGCUCCCUCUGUUGCCAAGACAGAAUAUGAACUCUUAUUUGAGUCGUAGGGUGUUUUAUACUCUGCUUCCCACUCAUCCCUGGGCUUAUUAUACAUUGUUGUCCAUCACGUUCUAACGUUCCAGCCAAGCUGCCUUACUUGCUGUUCCCCUUCUGAUAUUCCAAAUCAAUUGAACAGGCAUUUGUUAAAUGCCUACCAUGUACAAAAUCCUGUGGUAGGCUCUAGAGAUACAAAGAAAGGCAAAAAGAUAGUCCCUGCCCUCAAGGAGCUCACAGUCCAACGAGAGAGACAACACGCCAACAACAAUAUGCAAACAAUAUACUUAGAUGAAAAAGUGGAGAUCAUCUGCAGAGAGAAAGUACUGGAAGCAAGAAACACUGAGAAACCUUAAUGCCCCAUAGAAGAUGGGAUUUGGGCUGGGACCUGGAGAAUGUCAGGGAAGCCAAGUUGAAAAUUCCAGGCAAGGGAGUACAAAGGCACAGUGGAAACAGAAUUAGGAGAUGGAGUGUGAGGAACAGCAUGGAGGCCUGUGUCCCUGGUGGCAGGGAAUAAAAUGUAAGACUGGGAAGACAGCAAACAGCCAGAUUAUGAAGACCCUUGAACACCAAAUCAAAGAUUUUAUAUUUGAUUCUGGAGGUAAUAUGGAGCCACUGGAAGUUAUUGAUUGGGAGGAGAGAUAUUGCAAUGAUCCAAACAUGAAAGGAUGAGGACCUGCACCUGGGUGGGGGCGCUGUCAAAAAACAGAAAGGGAGCAUGUGAGCAAUGUUACAAAGGUAAAAAUCAACAGGUAACAGACUAGAGACGGGGACUGAGAGACAGGAGACUUGGUUGUGCACCUCAGGAACUGGGAGGAUGGUGGUACCCUCCAUAGUUGAAGGGAAGUUAGGAAGAAGAGAGAGUUUGGGGGAGAAGGAAAGAAAACAAGUUCAGUUCUGGAUAUGUUGAUUUGGGGAUCUCCGUCUUCCCCUUCACUUCUUGCAGCUUGGAACCCCUGGCUUCCUUCAAGGCUCAUCUCAAGUUCCACUUCCUUUAAGGCCAUUCCUGAUUCCCUCAGCUAUGAGUGCCCUCCCCCAAAUCACUACAUAUUGAUUUUGUGUAUAUAUUCCAUACUUAUCUGUGAACAUGGAAUCCCCUAAUGGAACAUAAAUUCCUUGAGGGCAGGAACUACCCUGCUUUUGCAUCUGUAUUAUCCCCAGCUUCUACCACAUAGGUGCUUGAUAGAUGCUUAUUAGUUGAUAGGCCAAAGGUUUUUGUUUUGUUUUUUGGUGGAGGAGCAUGAUUCCUCCCCAACUCUGAACUGCUUGAUGAGGAUCCAAGCUGCAAUGAAAAAAUACUGUGCCCCCUUCUUGCAAAAAUUAGUUGCCUGGAGAAAAGACAGCUAGGGGACAGAUUUACAAUCCACAAAUAUUUGAUUGUCAAAGAAAGAUUGAACAUCUGCACUCGGGGGCCACACAGGAUUAGGACCAAUUGGGAAAAGUUAAAGAGAGGCAGAAUUUGAGUUGAUAUAUGGGAAAACAACACAGAUGAAAUGGAAUUUCCUCAUCCGUCUUCAAGAAAGGAAUUAGGAUUGAAUGGCCACUUGGUGGCAGGGUUCUAUAGAGAAUGUAUGCUUCAGAUCAAGGUUUUACUUGCCACAACCUUUCUAGUCUAUG